CACCCACCCACCCCUUUACCCACUGCUCAGGGCCUUCUGGGUGGCAGCGCUUCACAGAGAGAGAAAGAGACAGAGACCAAGGAGCCAGCAACCUAGAGCCCUGGCUGUGGGGGGUGGGGGCUGACUCACUUGGCCCCCUCCCUGGUGCCGAUGGGGCAGCCCCCACACCCCUGGGCGCUGGCACCGAGUCAGGCCCCACAGUUGGGAAGAAGGGAGAUGCCGCUCUACUGUGCCUGACCCGAGUCCGCUGAGGAUGCACCCCGAGCUCAGGGACCGCUUGGUCCCCCGGCCGCCAGGCGAUGUGUAGGCAGCGACCCCCCACAGCAGGCUCACUCCGGCGGCCCCCUGCUAGGGCCAUUCUGGCCAAGGGCCCGCCGGGACGCCCCUGCUCGCCGCGCCCCUCCCCGGGCCGAGGCUCUUCCCCGGAGCCUCGCAGUAUUUCCUUCCUGCACCUUUAAGAAGACCGUUGCUCCGUGGUGGGAUGGUGUGUUAAAGCCACACAGAGGAAGUUACGCAGCCCGGAUCAGACCGGGAGAUAAAAGCCCCGAUGGUGACCGUGAGUGAUGGCAAGAGGAUUUAGCCUCGGCAUUAACUUGGAGCGGAGUGCAGGGGGGCGGUGAGGCGCCCCGCCAUCUGGCCGGCGCCGCGCCAGGGGGAUGCUCGGGCGCCUGGACCAGCAGCGGCGAAGCCCACCCGGGCCGGGGGCUGAGUGGGGCGCGCGUGCAGGUCCUCCCCUGGCUGCCCAGGGGCCCCCAAAAGUUUGCACUUGUUAGCAGCGACCUCCCGCUCGGCCCGGGCGGGCUAUGCGGGCGGCGCAGUUGGCCCCCUCCCCUGGCCGGCGUCUCCCGGACGGCUGCGGGCGGGCCCCCUGGCGGCCCGAGGGCUUCCUAGCCCCGAUCUGACGGCGGCCACCGCAGCGGCGGCGCGGGGCAGGAGUGAGCCCACCCAGCACCCACCAGAGGGUGGCGGUCUCCGGCCUCUCGGGGCUCGCUUCGGGAAGCUGCUCCGAGCCGGGGUGUUGCUGCUAAUGAACACAGUCUCUCUUCUCCCUUCACAAUGAAAGCCAAGCCAGAGCCCAGGUACCUGGAUGGAGUGAGAGCUGAAGUCUCAGGAAUUUCCCAAUGAGUGGCUAAUGGCUACUAGCCAAGGUCAGCCAGCCCCCAUUCGAGCCUGUCCCCACCAGAGCAAAGGCAAAUGGCCUCUCCGGUUAACACCUCGGUGGCUUUUUUAUUGUCUAGUCUAGCCACACAAUUGUUGUCAGUUGCAGCCCAUACGAAAAGAAAUCUCUUUUAUUGGUCUGAGAUGCCAAGUCCAGUCCCAAAGAGGGGACUCAUUUCCAGCUAACAUGUACACCUCCUGAUUUUAUUUUAUCUUCGCCAUGCAGGCUGGAGGGCUGUUAUGCAGUCGUGUUGAGCACAUCACACAUUAAGGGCUCUUUAAAGGCCUGAAUUGAUUGGAAGGACAAAAAUUAAAAGCAAUCUGAUCCAGCCCCAUGCCGGAUCCCUUCGGAUUUCCUCCUUAUCCCAUUUCCAUCCACUGUCACAAUUUGAGAGCCUGCCCGAUUUGAUCAGCUUCACCUCCAGGGGAGGUUGUAAUGCCAAGGUUAGGAGGACGCCAAGUUACAGGCAACUUUUUGAUCUGCUCAUCAGCAGCCUGAGAAACGCUGGCUCUGGAUUUUCCAUAUCGGCCAUUUGGAGAAGACAAGCUCCCACCAUUGGCAAGCCUGCGGUACUCAAGUCCAUGGUACAUCCCAGCCACCGUUGCCUGGUAGAUGUGGCAUUUCCAUGCUGAAGCCCCGAGUCCCCCCUGACCCCACCACCACCUCUCCGGUGCCCCUUGGGGCCCCACCCACUCUGACUGCGCAGCCAUGCUGCACCUGCUGGCCCUCUUCCUGCACUGCCUUCCGACGGCCUCUGGGGACUAUGACAUCUGCAAAUCCUGGGUGACCACAGAUGAAGGCCCCACCUGGGAGUUCUAUGCUUGCCAGCCCAAAGUGAUGCGCCUGAAGGAUUAUGUCAAGGUGAAAGUGGAGCCCUCAGGCAUCACGUGCGGAGACCCCCCUGAAAGGUUCUGCUCCCACGAAAACCCCUACCUGUGCAGUAACGAGUGUGAUGCCUCCAACCCGGACCUGGCCCACCCACCCAGGCUUAUGUUUGACAGGGAAGACGAGGGACUGGCCACCUACUGGCAAAGCGUCACGUGGAGUCGCUACCCCAGUCCCCUGGAGGCCAACAUCACCCUCUCAUGGAACAAGAGCGUGGAGCUGACGGAUGACGUGGUGAUGACUUUCGAGUAUGGCCGGCCCACGGUCAUGGUCCUGGAGAAGUCCCUGGACAAUGGCCGCACCUGGCAGCCCUACCAGUUCUACGCGGAGGACUGCAUGGAGGCCUUCGGCAUGCCCGCCCGCCGGGCCCGAGACAUGUCACCGUCUAGCGCCCACCGGGUGCUCUGCACGGAGGAGUAUUCACGCUGGGCGGGGUCCAAGAAGGAGAAGCACGUGCGCUUCGAGGUAAGGGACCGCUUCGCCAUCUUUGCCGGCCCUGACCUGCGCAACAUGGACAACCUGUACACGAGGCUGGAGAGCGCCAAGGGCCUCAAAGAGUUCUUCACCUUCACCGACCUGCGCAUGCGGCUGCUCCGCCCUGCGCUGGGCGGCACGUACGUGCAGCGGGAGAACCUCUACAAGUAUUUCUACGCCAUCUCCAAUAUAGAAGUCAUCGGCAGGUGCAAGUGCAACCUGCAUGCCAACCUGUGCACGGUGCGCGAGGGCAGCCUGCAGUGCGAGUGUGAACACAACACCACAGGCCCCGACUGUGGCAAGUGCAAGAAGAACUUCCGUACCCGGGCCUGGCGAGCUGGCUCCUACCUGCCGCUGCCCCACGGCUCUCCCAACGCCUGUGCUGCUGCGGGCUCCGCCUUUGGCAGUACCAGCAGGUCCAGCAAAGACCCUGCCCACAAAGUCCCUAUGGCCCCUGAGGCCACAAGGAGGGGCCCUAUCACUUCUAACCCCUCCACAUCUACCAUCCAAGUCCCUACAGUAGUCCCCAGCACCCCACAGCCCACAGGUAGGUAUGAGAAUACACCCAGGGAUGCCCUCUCCCUGUCUUCUUUCCCGCCUCACCCAGAGAAGAGCAGACACUUGCUUGCCUCUUAGAGUAGAAACUGUUAGCAUCCUAGCCCCAUUAAAGCACUGACUGAGGGGGUCCCCAGGCCAUCUCAGGAAACUGUCCCAGUCAGGGGUCCUAGACAAGGCAACCAUUGAUGCUCCUAGAACAAUCUUUCCUGUUCCUCCAAGCAUUGUAAAGAAGGGUCCAGAGGCCAGUGUAGCCAAGGAGACAGGGGACCUUCUGGGAGAGUGCCCAGGGCAGCAAGUCCACCCAAAUAGUCAGUCAGAGAUGGUACCUUGUCACUCAGACAUGUUUUGUCGUCCAUCGAUGGAGCUAACUCAGGCUCUGUCCCUACCUGGCUAUCUCCUAGGUCCUCUGUCCAGGUGCUGGCCAGUGGGGAGAACAGAGCCCAAUUAGUGAGGGAGAUCAGUGCAGAAGGAACCUUGCGAGGAACCAGACUCCUAAACAUUUGUGAGCAGAGACAAGCCCAGGCCACCUUCCUGCCUCACAGCUGGGACCACAGGGGCAGCUACACGUGGACCUGCCCACUAGAGACUUGGGUGACUGUCUGCCCUCCAAAGCAGGAUUUGUGCAUCCAAGUGGCGUGGGAUCCUGGUGUGGCCCUCUGGACUCAUGUGGGAAAAUCUUGCCAGGUCUAGUCCACUGCAGAUGCUGGGAAUCUAAAAAGAUUCCUCCUCCCAGAGGGUACCAGCAAGAUAGUGGCCAAGUAACCUUCUUCUAGAUCCAGUAGCAUAUCCCUCCCCCAACCCCUCAGGGAGACAUGGUGGGGGCUUCUUGUUCCUUGGACCUUUCUUCUCUCUCAUCCAUUGCCCCUGCCUAGACACUCCUUGCCCCUGGCAGGUGACAUCUGAGGACAGAGAUCCCUCCAGCCGCUGGGAAUCAACCCCACACUCUAGGUUGUCCAUUGACAGCCUUGAGAAAGUCACCUCACCAGGACCACACCACAGCUCCCUCUGAGCCCCUCUCUGUGGGGACUGGACCAGGAGAUGAAGAAGACUUUCAGAGGAAACCUCCUGAUGCCAGGAACCUCUCUGAGGUGGAGGGAUCCGGGCUUGGAGGCCUAGCUGUCUCCGGAGACCUUUGUACUUUGUUGAGCCUGUGAUGGACAGAGGGGAGCAAAAAUAUCCAGGAAAGGGUGGGUGCUUUGUCUGCCACUGACCAGUGGUCCCCAGGCAGGGGGUGGGGGGAACAGGCACUGGCUGUCAGGUACCUAGGGACCUUGCACCCACUUGGAAGCUGUGUAGGACAGACUGAAGUUGGAAGUUAAAUGUGAGAAGACAGGGAGCCCAGCGAGGCCGCUCUAGAAGGAUGGGGUCUGGGUUGUAAGAAGGACGGGGUCUGGGUUGUAAGAAGUAUGGGGUCUGGGUUGUAAGAAGGAUGGGGUCUGGGUUGUAAGAAGGACGGGGUCUGGGUUGUAAGAGUCCUCCUGGAGCACAUGGCUGGCUGACUUCAGGAUUUUGCUAGUGAGCAGGAGGCAUACCCAUCCUCCAGACUGCAAUAGCAAACUCCCAGUGAGUGUCAGAUUUACAUUCUGAGCCCUGUGCUGGAUGGCUGAGCAUUAAGGGGAGGAGGUGGCUUCAAGGUAACAGCCAGCAGCCUGCACCUUCUCAUCUAGGACAUCCUUAGUUCCUGCGUGGCCACUGAAGCCUGUACCCAGAGUCUCUGGAACACUUGGCACACCUUCGGUCUGCAUGCCAAUUGCAUUCAGGUGUCUGGCUGGCUACACAGUGCUCUCUUGCUAGUCUCACUUGGGGAGGGGAUUGAGGCUUGGGAAGAAGGCCCUGCAGCUAUGGCCUGCACAUUAUACCUCAAUAAAGCUGGGUUGAUUUUUUUUUUUUUAACCAAAAGGAGAAACAGCUUCCCAGGGUCCCAGGAAACACACAAGCCAAGCUGGAGCACCAGGCUGACUCCAUUCACUCCCCGUCUCUUCUACCACAUGGGACUACUGCCCUGAAGUCUCAGGUGCUUGGAAGUGGUCCAUCCGUUAAGACCUCACUAGCAAGGGUUCUUGAUCCCAAAGGACCUUUGGCACAGAACACAGGGCACCUGAGCACGUCCCAGAAAAACCCAGGCAGAAACUUUCUCUUCCUGGACCCAGCACCUUCCACCAGGUUCUCAGACCUCUGUGGCUACAGCCCAGCUGGGCCUUGAAACCUGAGCCCCAGAUGUCUCUCUCCUGCCAAUGUCAAGCUGUCUGGAAGGCAGCUCUGUACUGGAAGCCAGGCUGAAGCGCCUAAUCCUUCCCAGCCUCCUCGUGGGGGUGGGGGGAGCCAAGCUCAGAAGCAAGAUGCCUUCGGGGUGGAUUUACCAGGGCUCUAAUUAAGCCCUUGCCAAUUUGGGUCCUGCGGCCUUGUCUCUUCACUGAAUACCAUAUUAAUGUCAAUUUGAUGUCCAAAGGCUCCAGGCUCCCAGCUGGGAAUCUCCCGCCGUUUUUAACUGUUAGAAUUUCUUUUUCUUUCUCCAUCAACCACCAUGGGUAAUCCAUUUCCAAAAGGGAAGGCAUCAGCUCCCCCUGUCUACCCCCCUCCCCACACCCCCGCAACACACACAACCUUCUCCCAGUUCUGUCCUUGGAAUCUGGCAGUGACUGCUGCCUGUACGCCUUGCUUUGUGUCCAGCUCUGGGAACGGAAUGUUGGGGGUGGAGGAGUUGGUGACCCAUGAUGAGGUCCCCUAAUCCUCAAGCCAAGGAUCAGAAGGUGGAAGGACAGUGACCAGAAAGGCGAGUUAGACAUCGGAGGACACUCUGGGGAACCUUCUAGAAUCUUUCUCAAUGACACUGUCCUCCAGCACUUCAUUAGCCUGAGGUUUCACACACAGGACUUGUUCUGAUUGGCCCUUAAGUUGUAACAGAAACCACACAGAGAGGGAAGAGUCUUUGAAGGCUGUGCCCCAGUGAAGGAAGGACUAUGGAAGCCCACAGAGCCUCAGGCAUGGGGGCCUCCUCUCGUCAGGCUUCCAGCGUGUGCACUCCUCUGCAGGCCGCAGUAGCAUAGACGCUGCCUCUCUAGUGGAUUUGGAGCCAGGUCCUUUGGCCAAUGUAGACAGAGCCUGUAGUCUCGCUUCUUACAGGGGCUUCUGGGAGGGUGGGGGCAUCAUCCCUCACAUGACUUGAUUUCUUCUCUUCUUCCUCUCAAGGGCCGACCAAGCCACCUGCUGUCACCCCCCUUGGGGACAGCUCCCUCUGGCCCCAAGUGUCCACCAGAGCGGAAGGUAUGGGGGCAGGGCCUAUGCCAGGCCUGAGACCCUGGAAGCUCCAUCUUAGGCCC